UAAAAAAUCGCAAACAUUCUUUUAUAAGUUGACAACUUUAUGGUUUCCUAAUAUUAUCUUCUUAUGGUUUCCUAAUAUUAUAAGUUGAAUUUCGAAAAGCAUUGUUGGACUUGGGAAGUAUAGAAAUUGUGAGUGCUCUGAAGGUAUAAACUGGAAUUUUUCCUCAACUCUUUGGAGGCUACGCGUUUAAAGGUGAAACAAUGUGAACGCGCGACCAAUAAACCCCUCAUCCACUGCUCACACAAAGAGAAAGGUGUUGAAUGGCGGACGCAGCAGUUGAAUUCCUCCUGGAAAACCUGAAGCAGCUACUGCUCCACCACGUGGAUUUAAUCAAGGAUGCGAAGAACCAGCUGGAGAAGUUGGAGAACGAUCUCCGGCUGUUCAAAGCGUUCCUCAGGGACUCGGUGAAGAAGCGGCGCAAGGACCAGACGCUGCGCGAGCUCGUCCGCCAAAUUCAGAGCGUCGUCUACGAAGCCGAAGACGUAAUUGAUUUAUUCGUCACGCGCGCCGCCGAGAAUAAAAACAGAAAUAUCUUCUUCAGAGCUCAGCCAAAUCGGGGCCAAAUCAACGAACAAGUCGACUCCGUGUGCCGGAAGAUCAAAGAUAUCUACGGCGACAAGAGCAGGGUUGAUAUCGCCUUCCUCAAUGUCGACGAAGGAGACCCGCCGGAACAAAUUGAGGCUCCCAUACUCAGGAAAGACAAUGUGGUGGGUUUUGAAGAUGAGGCGGAAACUUUAAUGGGAUAUCUUGCUGAAAAAACUGAGCAGCUUGAUGUCAUCUCCAUCAUUGGGAUGCCGGGUCUUGGGAAGACAACACUUGCUGGUAAGAUUUUUCAUGAUCCAGAGAUCCAAUACCAAUUCCCAGUGCGCAUAUGGAUUUACGUCUCUCAAGAUUUCACAAAGAAGGAUGUCUUUCUUUCCAUUUUGAAGGAGUUCACUAGGAUAACUGAGGAUAUUAGUCGCAAAAGUGAUCAGGAGUUAGCCAGUUUGGUGGCUAGUUUUCUGGCAAGUGGGAAAUUCUUACUUGUCAUGGAUGAUGUAUGGACAGCUGCAGAUUGGGAUAAACUCCUAAUUGCUUUACCCAAGGGCAAUAAGAACGGUAAGGUCUUGAUCACCAGUAGGCAAGAAGAAGUGGGUCGGUAUACUAAUCGCUUUAGAGAUCCUCAUAGGUUGCGUUUCCUGACUCUUGAAGAGAGUUGGUUGCUUCUACGGUUGGAGGUGUUUGGUAAACCUGAGUCUCCUCCUGAGUUGGAGUUUGAAGGAAGAGAAAUUGCUGAAAGAUGUAGUGGGUUGCCACUUGCAAUAGUAAUUAUAGGAGGCAUUCUUGUAAAGAAAUUUUCAGCUUCCGCUGAAAUGCGUGCCAUGAAAAGAGCCUGGGGAAAAGUUGCUGCAAGUUUCAAUACAUAUCUUCAUUAUGACCCAGAGGAACGAAUGGACAAGAUUGUAUCAUUGAGCUAUGAGAAGUUACCUUCUCACUUGAGAGAGUGCUUUCUCUAUGUGGGAAUGUUUCCUGAAGACUUUGAGAUCCCAGUGUGGAAACUGAUUCGCAUGUGGAUUGCUGAAGGUCUGAUACAGCGAAGGGAUAAUAUCAGCUUGGAGGAAACCGCAGAAAGCUAUUUGGAUGAUCUUAUCAAUAGGAACUUAGUUAGAGCUGACAAGUUGAAGGCUGACGGCAGAGUGAAAACUUGCCGUGUUCAUGAUCUGCUGCGUGAUUUCUGCAGAAUCGAAGCUGGAAAUGAGAGGGAGAAUUUCUUUCAAGAAAUUAAGAUCUCCAGUGAUGGAGGCUUUCAACCUCCAGUUUCUGAAGGAAACAAGUAUCGCCGUCUUUGCAUUCAUUCCAACGUCUCGAGAUUCCUCACUGAAAAACCUAGAGGUCCAAGUGUCCGCUCAUUUGUUUGUUUCUCCAAGGAUGAAUUCCCCAUUGAGUCAGAAUAUAUUUCAGCCAUUCCUGAAGGUUUUAAACUGCUAAGAGUUUUAGAGGCCAAGCCAAUCAAAUUCACUAAACUCCCGAGUGAGUUGUACCGAUUGCUUCACUUAAGGUACAUCGUACUGGCAUUCAAUUCAACCUCAGCAGUGCUUCCUGCAGCUUUCUCAAAACUUUUUAACAUCCAAACUCUUAUAGUCGACACAACAUCUCGGACCCUUGAUAUUAAAGUUGAUAUUUUGAACAUGAUCCAAUUGAGGCAUUUCAAGACCAAUGCAUCUGCUAGUUUAUGCAAGACGGGGAAAAGUAGUAGAGGAGGUGAACAGAUUCAAACGCUCGGAACAAUUUCACCAGAGAGUUGUAGUGAAGAAGUUUUUGGCAAGGCUCGGAAUUUGAAGAAACUGGGCAUUCGUGGCAAGCUAACCUGGCUUCUGGAAAACAAGAAAGGAUCCUUCGAUAGUUUAGGGAAAUUGGGCAAUCUUGAGAAGCUGAAGCUGAUAAAUGAUAUCAUCCUUUGUUCGGAAGCAGAACGCCAACUGCAUGGCCUUCCUCCAGCUUAUAAAUUUCCAACCCAAUUGAGGAGUCUUACAUUAUGCGAUACCUCUCUUGAUUGGGGUCAUAUGUCCAUCCUCGGCUCACUUGACAAACUCGAGGUGCUCAAGCUCAAAGACAAAGCGUUCUGGGGCGAAACUUGGGAGGCAACCGCUGGUGGUUUUCGCCAUCUUGAAGUCUUGCAUAUUGGACGAACAAAUUUGGAGAACUGGAUAGCUUCGAACCAUCACUUCCCUAGGCUUAAACGUCUUGAGCUAAAGAACUGUGAGAAUCUCAGAGAAGUUCCAAUUCAGCUAGCUGAUAUACCAAACUUCCAACUUUUGGACUUGCACCGGUCUAACCAUGCUGCUGCAUCCGCCAAGAGAAUUGAAGGAAGAAAGAGAAGGCAUGAAGAUCAGCAGCCUGGCAAUGCCCGUCGAUUCAAGCUUUCCGUUUUCCCUCCUGAUGAAUGAUCUCUCUCCACAUCAGUUGGAAAGAAAAGUUCCAUCUGAGCACAUGUGGAGGUGGAGGAAGGUGCUAUAAUCAUGUGCACCCUGGGAGAGAUCAGUCUCCAAGCUCUGUUCAUGCAUGUAUAAGAUAAAUAAGUUAUAUUAUUUGCGAUAUUAUUUACGAUAUUACUUAUGAACUUAUUUGAUAAUUAACUACUAACCAGACUCUACUGCAAUAUACGAGUGGACUAAGACCCUCCCACGUGCCUGCUGAUCCCUGUACCAGGUCCAUCAGGCUCAAACAUCCGGUUCGCACGUGCUCGCUGGGAAACGGCCUGAAUAGGCUCCUGGUCCCAGUAUGCCUGGAGUCCCGUCCAGAAUUCAGCAGACAUCCAGAGGGGUCUAUCCAUUUCCCGCCCUGCGUCGAUACUAGCCCUGAGCUUUCUCUUGUAGUCGCUCAUCAUGUCACUGUACCUCUUGCUGGCUUUGUGCUCCCACAUCGCCCUUACCUCAGGCUCGUCCUCAGGCGACCAAGUAAACUCUUUCUGUUGAAAGAAAUAGUUGAUUUAAUAUAUAACAUUUUAACAAUAUAUAAUGAUAAAUUUAUAUGUACUAC